UUGGCCGCACCCAAGCGGGAUGAUGGCGGAUGGGCGGAGCGACGACGCCGAGCCGAGCAGCGCAGAGAGAUAAACCCGCUCUGAACCCACCGGGCAGCGGAUAGAAAAACACACCGAGACGGAGAAGACCACCGUCCUGCUUUCACCGAGCCUUGCUUCUAUUUCACCGCGUCUUCACAGAGAGGGAGGCCAGGAUGAACGGCGAUUCAGGUGCCGGAGUGGUGACGGCCCCCCCUCCCACCACUGCCCCCCACAAGGAGCGGUACUUUGACCGGGUGGACGAGAGUAGCCCGGAGUACCAGAGGGAGAGGAAUAUGGCGCCUGACCUCCGGCAAGACUUUAACAUGAUGGAGCAGAGGAAGAGGGUCUCCAUGAUACUACAGAGCCCGGCAUUCUGCGAGGAGCUGGAGACAAUGAUCCAGGACCAGCUGAAAAAGGGGAAGACGCCCACUAGCCUUUUGGCUCUGCAGCAGAUCGCAGACUUCAUGACCACCAGCAUGCCUUCCAUGUAUCCCGCUGCACCACAAGGAGGCAUGGCAGCGCUCAACAUGAGUUUGGGUAUGGUGACUCCCGUGAACGAUCUGCGAGGCUCAGACUCUAUCUCCUAUGACAAAGGAGAGAAGCUACUUCGCUGCAAGCUGGCCGCCUUUCAUCGGCUUGCUGACUUGUUUAGCUGGUCCGAGCUCAUCUACAACCACCUCACAGUCAGGGUGACUUCAGAUGAGGAGCGUUUCCUUAUUGUCCCUUUUGGGCUCCUGUUCAGUGAAGUCACUGCCUCCAGUCUGGUGAAGAUAAACAUCCAAGGUGAGGUAGUCGAUCGGGGAAGCACCAACCUUGGAGUCAACCAGGCCGGCUUCACUCUCCACUCUUCCAUCUAUGCCGCACGGCCCGAUGUCAAAUGUAUCGUACAUAUACACACAGCUGCAGGCGCUGCGGUGUCAGCCAUGAAAUGUGGCCUGUUGCCUAUCUCACCUGAGGCGCUGUCUUUGGGCGAGGUGGCCUACCAUGACUACCACGGUAUACUGGUGGAUAAGGAGGAGAGUGAGCUUAUACAGAGAAACCUAGGCCCUACGAGCAAGGUGCUCAUCCUGAGGAACCAUGGAUUGGUGACUGUGGGUGAAACAGUAGAGGAAGCUUUCUUUUACAUCCACAACUUGGUCGCUGCCUGUGAAAUCCAGGUGCGAACACUGGCCAGCGCUGGAGGGCCAGAUAAUCUGGUGAUGCUGGACCCAGGGAAAUAUAAGUCACGUUCAAAGGUCCCUGAGCCGGUCGGCGACGGGUCCCCUUCAAACCCCAAGUGGCAAGUCGGGGAGCAGGAGUUUGAGGCGUUUAUGAGAAUGCUCGACAAUUUGGGCUACAGGACAGGCUAUCCUUACCGCUGCCCGGCAUUGCGGGACAGAGGUAAAAAGUACAGUGAUGUGGAGAGCACUCCCUCUGCCCAUGGUGGUUACUCAUACGGGGAGGACAGCGACUCAGGCGCUCGCUCCCCGCUGAAACACAGCUUCCAGCGCGGCCAGCGUGACAAGACCCACUGGCUCAAUGCCGGUGGCCGGCCCGAUGAGCCCUGCGAGGAUGGGCCUGACGCCAGCAGCCCCAAGUCGAAGCCUAAGUGGUCAAAGGAAGACGGCCUCCGCCAGGCUGCAGCAGCCAAUCAGUUCAUCCCGUUGAACACCAACCCAAAGGACGUCCUGGAAAUGCGGAAUAAGAUCCGGGAGCAGAACCUGCAGGACAUUAAGACAGCAGGACCCCAGUCUCAGGUUCUCUGUGCCAGCACCGUCGGGGAUCGCACCUUCACCCAGGACGCCCCUCUGUCUGACUGUACUGAUACUAUUGAUGGCCUUGAUGUGUCCGAGGGGUCCUAUAGUCCUGCUAAAUCAAUUAGAAAGGGGGAGCUCGUGACGGCGUCCAAGGCCAUCAUCGAAAAGGAGUACCAGCCCAGGGUCAUCAUCAGCAAGCAGGGUCCCAACCCCUUCACCAAACUCACCGACCGGGAGCUAGAUGAGUACCGCAGGGAAGUGGAACAGAAUCAGAAAGGGCCUGAAGUGCAGGGACAAGACGCUAGUAGGGAGGGAUCAGCCUACGGCGCAUCCUGUCCUGAAGCUGAGACACCCCAGAGAGGUCAAGCCUCCGUCUCCACACCUCUACAGUCGGGAACUUGCUCGCUCAGCUUAGAGAAAGCCCCGCCUACGGCAGCCGUAGCUGCUACCCCGGCCUCUGAGCAGACUUCUUUUUCCCUCGGCCUCUCCAGCGGGGCUGGGGCGACUCGGGAUGGCACUUCAUCUGCAGGGACGCUAGCAGAUGAUGUUUUUUCCGCUCCAGAUUCCCCACAUAAGGAGUUCCACUGCGCUGUGCUGCGAGCCCUCAGCAAGGAGCCGUCAGUGGUAGAGGCAGCUAAGGAGGAUCAGGCUCCAGAAGCAGACCCAGAGCAACUAGCUGAACCUGUGGAGGAGCCAAAAGGCCAGAAAACCACCUCCACACCCCCCAGCACCCCAGUCAGAGCAGAUGAAGACUCCUUGCCUGACCAAACCUAUAAAGACGAGAGCGAUGCAGCCACCCUGAGACAGACCCUUCCAGAUUUAACGCCCGACGACCCCUCCGACGCCCCAGCGCUUCCUGCCGAAGAGCUCGCCUCCGCCCCUGCUACCGCAGACGCGGACGCAGCCGAGGGCGAGGAAGCCGCAGACGCCGGCGACCAGGAGGGGGACGAGUCUCCCAGCAAAUCACCCUCCAAAGAAAAAGAAGUUCCGCACUCCUUCCUUCCUAAAGAAAAACAAAAAAAAGACAGAGUCCUAGAUUGGGGAGCGUUGGCGCAGUCCUCAAGGCUGACCUCUGCCUCUUUUCAUUUCUGCUUUUUGUCCACUAUGGUAUCACCCUUCGAGCAAGCCACAGUUACACACAGUUACGCUUUUUGUUGUUUUGAUAUCAUUUUUGUCGCUGGCUUAUUAACCUAUUUUUCCUCGUUAGCGCGUGCCAAUUUUGUAUACAGUGUAAAAAUGAUUGCGUAAAGGUUUUUAAUUAUUAGAGGCUUUCAGUUGUGAGAGAUGCAUUCAGUCUUCAGUCUGGCCUUUCACGCAUGUCUCUUACUACAGGCCCACAGACUUGAUGUGAGGUUUCAGGGUUUUAUCACCCUCAUUUUUUUUUUAAGAAAAGCAGAGAAUUACUAAACUGUUGUAACCACUAGAAUGUAUUGGGAUUGUAUCAAAAUGUCUAAGUGUCUUUAAAAUACACUGAAAGAGAAGCUUGUACCCUCUCAUGUAACUGGAGGUUAACGCUGAUGGAGAGAACUCCGAAUUGCAUUGUGCUAAUUUAACCUCUGAAGCUGUGCAUCCAUUUUAAUCACGUGUUAGCAGGAAACUCGGUUGAGAUAUUUUCAGCGGAUCAUUUAGCCAUUGAAAAUGUAAUCACACGGAAUCCAUAUUAACGUCUUCAUAAUCCAGUAUUUGAUCUGCAUUCCAGCUGAGUCACAUCAGAGGUUUGUCGAAUAUGUAAAAAACUUUUUUCAAAAACUUCUCAGCACAGAAGAGGCAUGUUAUAUAGGUCUGAAGAUGAUGUGGAAUAUUUCACAAACAACUUCAUUAUAAACCCACAUCUGCAGUGUGAAUGAUCCCUGUAAGUGUAAGAGAGCGUUGUGCUUGUCGAUUAUUCACAGGGGUUGAUGAUGUAUUUGCUUCUGGCUCUUAAGUCUUUAGUAUGAAGGAAUGUGUAAAGAAAAUCUUAGUUUAGUUUUUUUUUUUCUUCAUUUAUUGCUAUUAAUGGUUCUUGACUUUGUUUUAAAAUGACCCCCUGAUUUCACUCUGUUUCUGUGAAAGGCAGAAAAAGACAUAUAUGCUUUGUAUUGUGAGAAUACAUGUUACUUUGUUCUUGAGUACAUCCUUUUGUUUUUCUUUCUUUUAAACCUCUCGCGUUUUGUCUCACAAAGUAGAUUGAGCCAUAACGACUUGCUGUGAGAGAGCACUGUGAACCUGCUCGUUCAUAAACCACUGUCACACAGAUGGUCACAGUCCAUCAUAGACGUAAAUACAGAUGUGGGGGAGCAUAUAAAUGACAGUGUGGCCGUUUACGAAGCUGCAUGAUUAAUCCUACUUCAGAACUGGACUUUCCUGUGUGCAGCUCGACUCUGAGCAAACGGACUUUGUCACUGACUACCUGUGUGUUUCCAGUUGCAGUAAAUGCACACUGGAGAAAGCAGUUCACAUUUUUAUUUUCUCACAGAUGUGUAAUCAUUAUUGUGACUGCAGUUGAGUUGUGCUUGAGGUUACAGGGCGUUAAUACCAAGGCCACCUCCAUGCAUUGCUUCCUAACCCUGUUUAUUCAUCCUGUGUUAGCGAAUGGUUAGUCAUCAGUCAGUCUAACUCAUGGUGAAGUGAAAGACAACACUAACAGGAAACUGCACCUACUCUGAGGUGAUUAUAGACCACGGUGUUUGUUCACUGCAGGUGUUUUACCUACAGAGCUACAUAUAAGCUGAGAGCUCCUGAAGGACUGCAUGUGUAGAGUAUUUAGAGCGUGAACUGUCCUGACUAAUGACCCCUUUUGAUUGAUUUCUAUUUAAUUUUAGCUUUCGUGUGCUGAUGAUUAUAGUAAAGUCCUUGUAUUCAUAGUUUUCAUCUGAGUAAACCACAAGUUGAUUUUAUUUUACCCCUCAGAUAUGCUGAUUUGUGUUCUGUCGGAACUACUUCCAAUUUAAAUGUCUCAUUAAACAUCUACAGACUUAAAACUUC